UCCCAUUAUGUCCACAGAUGAAUGUGUUGGUGGUGCCCAUGAUAGACAAGCAGCUGAACUCUACAACAAUAGGUUCAUCUCUGUUGACUAAAGCUGGGAACACACUCAAGACAAAGUUUGACUCAGCAGCAGCAAACCGUUCCGUCGCCCCGGGUGACAUUCUGCAGGUCGACGGGCCUCCGUCGCUCGGCUGCUCCAAGAUCUUCUUCAUCGAGUGUUUGCCUUGGGAUGGAAUCCGAGGAACGAGCCUGCAGGCUCUUAGUAAUGGCCUGAAGAAGUGUUUGGACAUCUGUGUCCAGAAGAGCUUUAGCUCGGUGGCCUUCCCAGUCAUCGGACCUGGAAUUCUGUUAAGAUUCCCGCUGAGAGAAGCCGUUCAGGUGCUGACCGAGAACAUUCACCAGUUUGGACUAUCUGCAUCCUCUGGGUCUCUCUCCAACAUCCACAUCGUCAUUAAACCCGGCUAUCCUGACUCAGAGGAGUGCUACCAUGAGGUCUUCAAACGUCUCAGCUCAAGCAUGAACCAGGGAGGCCGAGCGAUCUUCAGGUCCCUCACCAGUGACCUCGAUGACAUCACCAUAACACUGAGGGGCGGAGUUAAGCUACAGGUGGUGUUUGGCGACAUCACUAAUGAGACUACAGAUGUUGUGGUGAACACAACCAAUUUCAAAACUUUUCACCAGGGUAUUCUGGCCCACUCUUCAUGA